UAUACUUCCGGAAGCAGUAAGUCUCAGGGACAAUCUCGAGCCGGAUUUAAGCUUGUCUUAAGUCCUAUGGCCGUUGGGUUGUAUCGGGUUCGUUUAGUACUUUAUUUAUAUUGUACUGCCAGUCAACUUACUGCGAGUUUUCGAAGAACCAAAAACUCCUCAAUCUACACAAAAAGCACACCCUGAUUAUGCGUGUCCUUCUUACCGGCGGCACAGGUAAAACCUCAGUCCGCCUAGCCCGCUUCCUUCAAAAUGAGAACAUUCCAUUUCUGCUGGCCUCUCGUCGCGGUCCCUCCGCCGCCCCCUCCGGGAUGCCGGCCGUCAAAUUCGACUGGCUGGAUCAGUCCACCUGGAAGGAACCUUUCCAGUACCGAUUUGCGGGGGCGGGUCCAUCUCGGCCAUCUAUCUCAUGGAACCACUGGUCGCUGAGCCCUGGAAGCCCAUGAACGAGUUUAUUGACUAUGCGCGCAAGGAACACGGGGUGGGAAGGUUCGUGCUGGUGGCGGGCAGCUCUGCUGAGCCGUCGCAGCCGGGCAUGGGGAUGGUGUGGCAGCAUUUCCUAGACACGGGAGUGGAUUACUGUGUGCUUCGACCCAGUUGGUUCAUGGAAAACCUCUCCGACGAGGCUCCUAGCACUGUCAUCCGGGAUCAGGGCAAGAUCUACACAGCCUGCGGCGAAGGGAAAAUUCCCUUCGUGAGUGCCAUUGAUAUUGCCGCGGUUGCAUUCCGGGCUAUCAUAGAUCCCCAAUCGCACAAUUGCGACCACCGCGUGCUGGGGCCAGAGUUGCUGACCUACGACGAGGUGGCCGAGAAGCUAUCCGUCGCGCUGGGUCGUCCCAUUGAGCACGUUAAGCUGUCUGGGGACCAGCGGUACGAAGGCUUGGUGAGCGUUGGGGUUUCUGAAUACUAUGCUCGGUUCCUGACGAACCUGGAAACCGCUGCAUCCACGGGAUUUGAAACUCGUAUGAACGCUUCGGUGGAGAAGGUGACCGGCCGGGCCCCCAGGACACUGGAUCUUUUUGCGCACGAUAACAGAGGGGCGUGGGAGCCACUGAGUGAGUGAGGGGCUUAAUAUGAGCACAUAUGUAUUUUAUACCUAGGUAUAUCUAAUACUAUACAUAUAAC